AUGCAGGACAUGGAUACGCUGAUUCGAGGCUGCCAUGACAGGGGCCUUAAAGUCCUUCUGGAUCUAGUGGUGAAUCACACGAGCAAUGAGCACCCCUGGUUUUUGGAGUCACGGGCUAGCAAGACUGCUGUCAAGCGCAAUUGGUACAUCUGGCGUGAUCCAAAGAUAGGCGCGGACGGCACCCGUAAGCCGCCAAAUAAUUGGGCAUCUAUCUUCGGGGGAAGUGCUUGGACUUGGGACGAAGAGACCGGCCAGUACUAUCUCUCCCUGUUUCUGCCUUCUCAGCCGGAUCUAAACUGGGAUAACGGGGAGAUGCGACGAGCAACACAUGCUGACAUGCUCUUUUGGCUCGACAAGGGCGUCGAUGGGUUCCGAAUUGACUCUAUGAACCUCAUGUCCAAGCAUACCGAUUUGCCAGACGCACCUGUCGUCAACCCGGACUCCGAAUUCCAACCUGGUGACCAAUAUUUUGCAAGCGGGCCGCGCAUGCACGAAUACAUCCAGGAGAUGCGAACCGAGGUCUUUGACAAGUACGACUGCAUGACAGUCGGCGAGUUGGGUUUUACAAAAGACGAGCAAAGCGUCUCAGAAUACGUUGCCUAUAAUCGCCACGAACUCAACAUGGUCUUCACUGGCGAUAUUGUGGACAUGGAUUUCGGGCCAGGCGGGAAGUAUGAGCGCAAUGACUUCGAGGUCUCACGUAUCCGCUCGAUUACCAGCCGGUGGCAGACUGCGAUGCCAAGAUUCAACGGCUGGAACGCAGUCUACCUCGACAACCAUGACUCCGGCCGCUCGCUGAGUCGGUAUGCUUCAGACCUACUCCAGCACCGUGAAGCCGCGGCUAAGAUGCUGGCGACGUACAUGGGCAGCCUCAGCGGUACUCUAUUCCUGCUUCAAGGGCAAGAAAUUGGCAUGGCCAACGUGCCAGAUAAUUGGGGUAUUGACGACUACAUUGACGUAGAGGGGAGCAAUUACUACCGGAGCGUACUCAAGAAGAGAGGAGAAGGGGCAGAUAUGAGCGAUGUGCUGAGGGAAAUGAGACUGAAAUCUCGAGAUAACGGUCGCUUGCCAAUGCAGUGGAGCGGCGAGACGAGCGCGGGUUUUACAAAGGGAGCGAAACCAUGGAUGAGGGUCAAUGACGAUUACAAGGAUUGGAAUGUUGAUAAACAAUCAGGAGAUGACAACAGCAUACUGGCAUACUGGCGAGAGGUGUUGGCUUUGCGACAGAAGGAGAACGACGUGUUCACAUACGGGAGAUAUGACAUGCUGAGUGCGGCAAAAUCUGGCGACCAGGUCUUCGCAUACACCAUGACCAGCUUCCAAGAGAAGAGGAAGGCUCUAGUUUUGCUCAACUUUUCAGACAAAGAACAAAUGUUUAAUUGCGAGGGCUUUGAAGGAUGGAAAAGGUUGCUUGGAGAGAAUAUGACAACAGAGUUAGGAAGCGCAGGAAUUCAAUUGACGCCCUAUGAGGGCGCGAUAUUCUGUAACUGGAGGUAA